UAAUUGUGAACAACAUCUGCAGAUGACGUUACGAGCGUAAUUGUCUUCAAGUUCAUGAUUCACUAUCCGCCAUCUUUUCUUGUCAACGUGGCGCGUAUCUCAUAGGUGAGGGAAGCCAUUUUGAAUUCUCCACAGCCAGUGUGUGCAUUAAGAAGUAUACAGUAAAAAAUGAACUUUAGAAUCUGAGAAAAUAUAAUUUAUUAUGACCAGUGCACCAUGUUUAAGCUGGUACUGACGUUUUUUUCUCUACUGGCGAGUUUCUGGUCGGUGCAUGGCGGAGACUCUCUACAAAUGACGAACCUGGACAACGGCACUUUUCAACAUCAAACCAAACGAAGCUCAUCGCAGUAUGGCACCUCUUACACUGAUGAGAUUAGACAUCCAAUGGCUGAUGGUAAAGAAAUUCACAUCGAAGGAACUGUUAAAACAACGGACAGCAGAUUCACUAUUGAACUGUGUGAAAAACAAAACUGUCUUGUGGACAUCGAAUUUCAAGCCGAUAUUCGAUUUAACACUAGGACACUCGUAAUGAAUUAUAAAAGAAACUUACAAUUUGGACAAGCAACUAUUAGAGAGGGAAUACCAUUGACAACUGCAGGACCAAUUCAAAUAAAAAUAGUAAUAAACCCCCAACAAUUCAAGAUCUAUCUCAACAAAACACCGUUUACUUUUACAACAGUGGUUAGAUGGACAAAGUUAAAGUAUAUAAGGAUUCGUGGGACGACCCAAAUUAAUUGGAUCUUGUAUUCACCAAGGAUGGUUCGCUUUAACGAUCAACUUGCGGUAAAAAGAGUCAUAAUAAUUGGCACUCCUAAUUCUAAUAAUAGAUUUUCAAUUAACCUAAAGAAUUGGAAUGAACAUGCGAAUCGUUCAAAUUGUACAUAUGGAAAUGUCGCCUUGCAUAUUGAUGUUAGGUUUUUUCAGUCAAGGGUUAUCAUUGACUCUAAGGGCUCUAAAUGGACUGGUGAACCAAGUGUGCUCGGACGUGCUCCAUUUGCAAAAGAUUUACAGUUUAAAUUACAAAUCACAAUACGCAAAAACAGAUAUGAGAUUCUCUUUGACGAUGGCAGUGUUUUCAACUGGGCUCAUCUAACUGAGCAAGUAGAUAUGGUGUGUAUUAAUCAAGAUCUGACAAUCAAAAGUAUCCUGACAACAUAAAAACCAAUUUAUUAACCUUGAAGGACAGGGAUAUUGUUUUCAAAAAGCAUUUACCAGUGCCUGAUAAUCUUUAAACCAAACGUUUCUAUUGUUUUAAGCAUUGUGGAAACAUCGGAUUAGAA